CGUCGUCGUCGUCGACGUCGUGGUCGUCGUCUUGGUUAUAGAGUUGGGAACGAGCUUUGGCUGGCUAGUGUGCACGAGUGAGACAGAGCGAGAAAGAGAGGGAAGGCGUGAGCGGAGAGGAUAGAACCUCUUCGUCUACUCCCAGGCAGCAAGCGCCGAGUCGCGCAGAACCGCACGAACUUUUACCGCGGUCGCAUCUCGCUAAACCCCUAUAAACUAUAGUGGGAUCGCCAGCUUCUCCCUCGACGCCGACGCUCAGGCCGUUUAUUUUGUUUUAUUUCGCCCCUGUUUUCGUUCGCGCCGCGCCAGACGAGCCGAACCGAGCUCGCUGAACACCGAUUCACGCACACCUACCGAUAUCCACGACAAACGUCGAAGCGGCGCCGUCCACACUCAGCCAGAGGAGAACAAACGAGAAACGAAAAUGGUUUACGAGAGCGACUUCUACACAACCCGACGACCCUACUCAUCAUCCCGGCCCUACGUGUCGUCCUACAGCGUCACGCCGAUACUGCAAGGCCCAUUCUACUUAUACAACCCCUAUGCCACCACCACAUACCUGAGGACGAUACCUCACAUGCCGUACACGGCGCACAAGAGGCUCGUUUCCAUAGUACACUCGCCGGUGCGCAUUUACCACUCCGGCACUUACCUGCCGAUAAAGAUACACUCGCGCGUCAGACCCAGCAUCAUAGCGGCAGAGCUCAACAGGAUACGCUACCUCACCAGGCCGUCCAGCAAGUCUUAUACGGAAGAGUACCUUAACUCCAGAGACUACAUUGUAAGUCGAAAAUUUGACUUCGAUGAUGAAACCAGGGAAAUUCGCGCGAAGACGGACAAUCUCCUCCGCAAAAUCCACGUCUUUGUACCCCGACCCUCAAUCAGCAACUACGACGAAACCUCGCCGGAGCGUCUGCGCAGCGAUGACUACGUGCGUCGCAUCAUCAACGCGAAGAACUCGCGCAAGGACAUUGAGAGCCUGCCCUGGUACAGCACACCGGAGAAGCACCGCGACAUCGGGGCCGGUCACUUGGCCUGCAUCAAGUACGCCGGUGGUAGGCCCCAGUCGAAACGCCGACCUUACUACACGGUUGGCGACCUGGUGCCCGGAGACGUCAAGAGCGACGUCAAGCUCAUGAGCUACUACAUGAAGAACCGCAAGGCCGCCGAGGACGCCUCGCCACAAAGCGUACAGCAUAGCGAACGCGCUAAAGAGGCACAGAAUGCUCCGGCUCCUUCAGUCACAUGGGCCGACGAGGUCGUCCACGAGGAAGAGCUACCCGAAGAAGAGCCGGUAGAGCAGCAGAAGCCUGUCGAAGAAGAGCCAGUGGUAGAAGUCGAGGUCGAGCUGACGGCGGAAGUCCAGCUGCCGAAGCCGAAGAGAAAGAAGGAGAAGAAGCCCGUCCCGGAGAACAAUGACGUCGAGGACAUGGAGGCCGAGUACAACGUGGACGGUGUGAAAAAGCAGCCAGACGACGAGACAAUAAAGAAAGUCCAGGAGUACCUCGACAAGAAGGCCGCUGAAAAGAAAAUGGAAGAGGAGAGGCGAGCCUGGGAACUGGCCGAGGCGAGAAGAGUCGCAGAAGAGCUUGAAAUCGCCAGACUAGCCAAGAUCAAGCAAGAGGAGGAUAUCCGCAUCGCGGAAAUCAAGGAACAGGAGAGGCUGGAAGCUGAGAAACAGGCCAUAAUCGAGAGAGCCGAGGCUGCCAGACAAGAGGCCGAGAGACUGGUCGAAGACGAAAAAUUAUACAACGAAGCCGUAGCGCAAGCAAUCGCCGACGAGGAAGAGCGCUUGGCCAAAGAGAAAGAAAAGGAGGAUCAGAAGAAACAGGAAGACGAGGAGGAAAAAGUUGUCCAGCUAGAGGCGACCAACGGCGUGGCCAGCGACGGCGUCGUCGUUGACGAACACCACUCCGAGGAACACUCCAUUCACCAGGACCUAUCGGACCAGGACAACGAGGCCAAGCCCUACGAAGUCGAUCACGACGAAGACACACAGGUCGAGGAAGACGUACACGAUGAGCCCGAGGAACUCGAGAACCCCUUCGUCGACGGCGAAGGAGCGUCAAUCUCGGCCGAGGUAGACGAACCGGCCCCGGAGACGCCAAAGGUCAGGGAGAGCGGAGGCGCCGGUGGAGAGCAAGGCUUCGACUGGUCCGAGUACGACAACGAGCCCGAGGGUGAAGAGACCGGUGCGGAAGAGCAGGCGCCCGAGGUUCAGGAAGAGAGCAGCACUGCUGGCGAGCAACAGGUCUUCGACGAGUGCGAAGUUGCUAGCCAGGCAGAGGCCGACGAAGCUCAGAUCGAGGAGUCCCAGGUGAUGGAGGAAGCGCGGGUGGAGGAGGAGGAGGCGAAGGUGGAGAAGGAGGAAGAAGAAGUCGCACAAGAGGAAGAGGUCGCACAAGAAGAGGAGGAAGCACAGGCGACGGAAGAAACGCAAGAGGAGGUAGAGGAGGCGCAAGAAGCACAGGUUGAAGAGGUCGAAGCGACGGAAGAGGUACAGGUUGAGGAGAUUGAAGCGACGGAAGAAGAGGCCAAGUCUGAGGACAAGUCUGUCCACGAUGCGUCCGAAGAGGAGGAGGAAGAGGAAGAGGAAUAGAUUUAGCUUACUAUUUAUAACUAUGUAAUAUUUAUACGAUGAAUAUUCUCUUAUUCAGUUCUAUAUUUAUAUUUGAAAAAAAAUCUUCGUCAUCAUGUUAUUUUACAAUUUUAUUCACUUAUUUAUUGCUCUAGUUGAAUAUGACUACGUUGUAUUUAGGUAAUGCUCUGUUGUUGUCUUUUUUCGACUAUUAUUAUGUAUAUGUACACAAAACUUUUUUUUUUGAUAGUUUGUAAAUGCGUCGACUUUUUCUAGUAAUAUUUUACAAUAUAAGCGGACCAAAGUGAUCGGGCCUAAGACAGCUUACGAUAUCUUUAUGGAGGUUCUAUGAAAAUGUAAUGUUGAUAAAGGUGUUUUGAGUAUUUAUGUGUUUAAUGUUGAAUGUAUUUGUUGAAAUAUAUUUAACUCGUAACUCGAU